CCCGGCGCCCACUCCCCGCGGCACACCCCGCGGCAGCCGCGCACGGCGCACUAGCCAUGCCGUGUCGUGUCGCGCCACGGCAGAACCACCCCCACCACACGAGACCGUCCAGGCCGGGGUGGUGGGCGCGCGGGCGCGACAGGCGGACAGCGCGCCCACGGCCGGGUCCCCCGGGCGCCCGACACCCUGUCGGCCCCUUGUCUAUUCCCUCGCCGGAUCUGCCCCCUGCGCCGCCCAGAUCCACCGAUCCGCCCCGCCGGCGCCGGUGGGGUCGACCUCCCACACGCGAGACGCCCGCAUGUGCGCCGCUGCACGUAUAUAAAUACGAGCCCGCACCGCCGCGGAUCCAUCUAUCCCUGCUCGUGGUCGAUCGAUCGCUCGAGUCUAGCAAGGGUUUUGAUUGGCGACUUGGUGUGUGUGUGCCUGUGUGUUCCAGUCUGUCUGACACUAGCUAGCUGCUGCUGCUGCUGCGUCGGAUCGGAGUGGCUGUCAGCUGUGGGCGUGACCACGACGCGUAUGCGCGCGGCGAGCGUGGAGGCGAGGGAGAGGUGAUUCGAUGGAGCUGGAGCUCGGGCUCGCGCCGCCGAACCCGCAUGCGCCGGGCGGCGGCGGCGGAGGGGAGUUCGUCGGACUCCUCGACGGCGCCCCGGCGGGUGCCGCCUGCGGGAAGAGGGCGUUCGGCCGGGCCGAGAAGGCCACGCUCCCGCUCUUCGUGCGCGACGGCGAUGGCGGCGGCGACGCCAACCGCCACAGCGUCGACCGUGAAACGAGCAACAAGAGAAAGAGGCUGGUGGGGUGGCCGCCGGUGAAGUGCGCGCACAGGUGGAGCUGCGGCGGCGGCGGGUACGUGAAGGUGAGGAUGGAAGGGGUGGCCAUCGGGCGGAAGGUGGAAAUCUCCCUCCACGGCUCGUACGGGGAGCUGCUCCGCACGCUCGGCCGCAUGUUCCCGUCGGCGAACAAAGGCGCAGGUGCAGAUGCGGAGGGGGAGGCGGCGACCCAGGACGGCGAGCGCCGCCGUGGCCACCAUCCCUACGUGGUGACCUACGAGGACGGCGAGGGGGACUGGCUGCUCGUCGGAGAGGUGCCGUGGGAGGACUUUGCCAAGUCGGUGAAGCGGCUCAAGAUCCUCGCGUAGCUGACGACGUGCGUGCGUCAGCAGCAACGUGUUGCGUUUGCGUCGUCUAAUCUGCGUAUGCCUAGCAGCUCACCACUCAAUAAUCGUCCUCCGCGCGUAGAUCAGUGCAUGUAUUCAGGUCGUCGGUGGCUUCAAGUCUUUUCAGAGCAUGACGAGAGCACUACAACUCACUAUAGCUACCUGUAGUAGUCUGCUAGCUAUACUACGAGCUGUUCAACGUCACGCUGCCCCUAGUUGUUCACUUGUUCGUGCCAAAGGUUUCGUCUACCCUAGCCGCUCGGUCCCCUUUGCGACCGGACGCGUGUACGGUGGCCGUCUGUGGCCGGCUUUAGGUCGUCUACUAGUACGGAGUAGUGUUGAAGGUCUCUACUUGCUGGUUUUCCCUUUCCCAAUGCAUGUGUUAAACGUGUGGCAGCAGCUAACACAGUGUACAUUACUUCUUCUCUGUCUAAUUGCUAGUGUGUUCCUGAACCUAUACGUAAAUGACAUACACGCGGUACUCAAGAUA